AUGGUGUGGCCGACAUGGGAAAAUCCUCGGCGAGAACACAUGGCCAAGGUGAGUGCCCAAUACUUUACUUGUGUAUAUUUUAAAUAUCGCCCGGGAGUUUUCCCGCAUUUCGCACAAUGGCGACACAUACGGCAACACCGACCGCACUCGGAAAGUAGAUGCGCGCGCCGCUGUGGUGGCGCUAGUGUGCGUCCUCCGCGAGUAUCGGCCCCGCGGUGGGCCGAAGCACGCGUGCGGAGCGCUUCGCAGUGCGGGUCUGUGCGCGUCGUGGUCGUGAAAGAAGUGAACAGCGGGGUGGCCAACCGCGCCAGUGCGCGACAUGGCGCGGCGGUAGCGGCGCGGAUGUGCGCGCGCUCGGAAGCCGUGGAGCUGGAGGUGCUCGGCGCGGAGGGCGAAGCGCGCUUGCCGCCGCGCCCCUUGCGCCUCUCCCUCCUCGAGCUUCUAGGAAAGCUGGUGCGAAGAGACCAGCCGGCUGCGCCGCGCCGCCGCACCAGGCAUAACCAUAGAUUUCGCACGUUCGUCUCCUGCGAAAAUGAACGAAGAAUUAAAGCUAACAAUAGAGAGUACAACGCCCAGUUCCGCUAUGCUAACAACUACAUCAAGACUUCGAAGUACUCGAUCAUAACAUUUCUGCCGUUGAACCUUUUGGAGCAGUUCCAGCGCUUAGCUAACUUCUACUUUCUAUGCCUGCUGGUGCUGCAGCUGAUCCCGGCCAUCUCUUCACUGACGCCUAUCACUACCGCCAUACCGCUUAUUGGUGUGCUCGCACUGACUGCCGUUAAAGACGCGUACGACGAUUUUCAAAGACACCAGAACGACUCUCAAGUGAACCACAGGCGAGCGAAGACCUUGCGCAAUGGGAAGCUUGUGGAGGAGAAGUGGGCGUCUGUUCAGGUGGGAGACGUCAUCCGGCUGGAGAACGACCAGUUCGUGGCCGCGGAUAUCUUGCUCCUCAGCAGCUCGGAGCCGAAUGGUCUCUGCUACAUUGAGACCGCCGAGCUUGAUGGGGAGACGAACUUAAAAUGUCGUCAGUGCCUCCUGGAGACCGCUGCCAUGGGGCAGGACGACGCACAAUUGGGUGCUUUCGACGGCGAAAUUGUCUGCGAAACACCCAACAAUCUACUUAAUAAGUUUGAAGGUACGUUAAGUUGGCGCGAUCAGCAUUUCUCGUUAGACAAUGACAAGAUUCUGUUGCGCGGUUGCGUGUUGCGCAACACCUCGUGGUGCUACGGGGUCGUCGUCUUCGCCGGAAAGGACACCAAGCUAAUGCAGAACUCCGGCAAGACCAAAUUCAAACGCACCAGCAUAGAUAGGCUACUUAAUUUUCUUAUUAUAGGGAUAGUUUUGUUCCUGCUGUCGAUGUGUGUGUUCUGCACGGUGGCGUGCGGCAUUUGGGAGUGGCUGGUGGGGCAGUACUUCCAAGCAUACCUCCCCUGGGACACGCUGGUGCCCGCGGAGCCGGCGUCGGGGGCCACCGUCAUCGCUAUUCUAGUGUUUUUCUCCUAUGCCAUUGUGAUGAAUACCGUCGUGCCCAUAUCGCUUUAUGUCUCUGUUGAGGUGAUAAGAUUUGCGCAAAGUUUUCUAAUAAACUGGGAUGAAAAGAUGUAUUAUGAAAAGACUGGGACCGCAGCCAAGGCUCGGACGACCACCUUAAACGAGGAGCUAGGUCAGAUCCAAUACAUUUUCUCUGACAAGACUGGCACCCUCACACAGAACAUAAUGACGUUCAACAAGUGCUCGAUAGCCGGCGUCUGUUACGGCGACAUUGUUGACGAGAACACCGGGGAGACCAUCGAACUCACAGACCGUCGCAGCGGGGCGGCUGGCGCCAGCGCUGGGACAGUACGCGCGCGCCUAUUGGACCUCGAGCACGAGCAGGGCCGCAGCACGCCCGCGCACCGCAACGCGCACAACACAGAGCCCCUCGAUUUUUCGGACAAUCCUGAAUAUGAGCCCGAGUUCAAGUUCUUCGAUUCCAAGCUUUUGAAAGCUGUGAAACAAGGGGAUUCUAAUGUUUACGACUUCUUUCGUCUGCUUGCCUUAUGUCACACUGUAAUGCCAGAACAGAAGAAUGGACGUCUGGAAUAUCAAGCGCAGUCACCCGACGAAGCUGCUCUCGUUUCAGCCGCGAGAAAUUUCGGCUUUGUGUUCAGAGAGCGAUCGCCUAAUACAAUUACAAUAGAAGUUAUGGGUAAAACUGAGGUGUACGAGUUAUUGUGUAUAUUAGAUUUUAAUAAUGUAAGAAAGAGAAUGUCAGUGAUAUUGAAGAAGGAUGGUGAAAUUAGAUUAUAUACUAAAGGUGCUGAUAAUGUUAUCUACGAGAGGUUAAAGAAUAACUGCCAAGAAGAUGUCAAAUCGAAAACCCAGGAGCAUUUAAACAAAUUUGCGGGCGAAGGCCUUCGCACGUUGGCGUUAGCUUGGCGGCCGUUGGAGGAGCGAGGGUUUGCCGAGUGGAAGCGACGACAUCAAGCCGCUGCGCUCGCUCUAAGGGACAGGGACGAGCGGCUGGACGCCAUCUACGAGGAGAUAGAAACCGACCUAAUGCUAUUGGGUGUCACCGCCAUAGAAGACAAAUUACAGGAUGGCGUGCCUGAGACAAUCGCAAAUUUGAGCAUGGCCGGAAUGAAGAUUUGGGUUUUAACAGGGGAUAAACAAGAAACAGCAAUAAACAUCGGGUAUUCGUGUCAGCUGCUGACGGAUGACAUGGCCGAGGUGUUCGUGAUAGAUGGCGCCUCGCACGACGACGUCGAUCGCCAGCUUGCCAAGUGCAGGGACUCGAUACGCGUCGUCAACACAUUCCUACCACACGGUAGCACGGAUCCAAAGGCCAACGACACAGCGAACGGCGGCGGCAGCGUGUCGCGCCCGUCUCCCGGCCGCGCUGCGAACGUGAAGCUGAACGCGCCAGCCGUCUCCGUCGUCACAUUUAGGUGGGAACAUAACUCUUUAGCACACAGCAAUGAGUACGUGUCCGGAGGGGGACCUUACAGUACGGACACACACGAACACAAUAAUGACGACUCAAAUGGUUUCGCGAUAGUCGUCAAUGGACACUCACUCGUGCACUGUCUGCAUCCCAAGUUGGAAGAAAAGUUUUUGGAUGUCGUGUUACAAUGUCGGUCAGUGAUAUGUUGCCGCGUGACGCCCCUGCAGAAGGCGAUGGUGGUGGAACUUAUUAAGAAAAGCCGGAGAGCUGUCACUCUUGCCAUCGGAGACGGUGCGAAUGACGUCUCUAUGAUCAAAGCCGCCCACAUCGGCGUCGGCAUAUCUGGCCAAGAGGGCAUGCAGGCCGUCCUAGCGUCCGACUACUCGAUAGCGCAGUUCCGCUUCCUGCAGCGGCUGUUGCUGGUGCACGGCCGUUGGUCCUAUUACAGGAUGUGCAAGUUCCUCAGAUAUUUCUUUUACAAAAACUUCGCAUUUACCGUCUGCCACUUCUGGUUCGCGUUCUUUUGUGGCUUCAGCGCUCAGACCGUCUUCGACGAGAUGUUCAUAUCAGUAUACAACCUUUUCUACACGUCGUUGCCGGUGCUGGCGCUCGGAGUAUUCGAGCAGGACGUCUCUGACGCAACCUCGCUUCAGUUCCCCAAAUUGUACGCGCCCGGACACACCAGUCAACUCUUCAACAAAACUGAGUUCAUCAAAUCCACAUUGCACGGGUGUUUCACAUCACUCGUACUCUUUCUUAUACCAUAUGGUACUUAUAAAGACGGAUUGGCUCCGGAUGGCAAAAUAUUAUCAGAUCAUAUGCUACUCGGGAGCGUUGUUGCUACCAUAUUAAUUAUCGACAAUACAACUCAAAUAGCUUUAGACACGACAUACUGGACGGUAUUCAAUCAUGUGACCAUAUGGGGUUCGCUAGUGUCGUACUUCGUGCUGGACUACUUCUACAACUACGUGAUUAGGGGGCCCUACGUGGGGUCACUCACCGUAGCCCUCACCCAAGCGACGUUCUGGUUCACUGCUGUGCUCACUAUGAUGAUACUGAUGGUUCCGGUGGUAUCUUGGCGAUUAGCCUGGUCGUGGCGUCGGCCAACACUGGCGGAGCGUCUACGCGCCCGCACCCGGUGGCGCCGCGCUGCUGCCGCGCCCGCGCCCCGCACUCCGUCCGCGCGACGCGCUCGCCGCUCUGUACGCUCCGGGUACGCUUUUGCGCAUCAAGAGGGCUUCGGUCGCCUCAUCACUUCCGGCAAGAUCAUGCGGCGCAUACCGCACGCGGACGCCGCGCUUUCGGCGCUGGCCUCUCUGCCGGGCAAGUUCCACCCGCGGCCUUCGACGCCGCCUCCGCCUUCGCCCCCCUCGCCGACGACGCCGCCCUCGCCGCGCGCGCCCAAGCAGGACCUCGACUCGGUCGACUUAUGA